CUAGUCCCUACAUAGUACACUACUUUUGAAUUGAGCCCUACGCUGGACAAAAUUAGCUAGUGCAUACUGGGAAUUGAGUGUCUUUUGGGAGUGCAACCUUUUACUUUUAUUGCGGAACGAGGAGCUGCUGUGACUCAUUUUUAUAACAUGGAACUUGUCAUUUUUACUGUAGGGACGAGGUAAUGAUGCGUUAUACUGACAAACAUGUGACUCCUGUAAGACUUAGAUAACUUGUUAUACCUCCUAUAGGCUAAUUGUAGCAAGAGUUACCUUGUCUUUUGCAUUUCUGUUAAGCCAGUCGUGUUUGCACUUGUCUGCUAUUGCAAGAGCGACUCAACAACGAUAUGUCAACAUGGGGACAACGGGUCCGAACAUUCGUGACCGUGGAGCCGGUCAUUUUUUUCUACAUGACCAGCACGUUCAUCGUGACGCCUGCGUAUCAGCAGCUGGUCAUCGCAAAGGUGUGCUAUGAGCUGUUUCAAGACUCUUACAUCUGCAGCAGCCCGGCACACCUCAAGGAUGAGGAGGAGCUGAUUGAGGGUCGUUCCUCCUACAUCCUCCUGAUCUACACAUGUGUGACCAGCCUACUGUCCAUCCUUCCAGCCAUGCUGCUAGGCUCCUGGUCUGACCGCUCCAGCCGCAAGGCUGUCAUGCUGCUGCCUUGCCUUAUGUCUCUGGUCAGUGGUGGUGUGCUCAUAGCAAUGUCUCUACUGGAGGACAUUAGUGUGUACUGGUCGCUAGUCGCCGCAGGGGUAACGGGCCUCUCUGGAGGAUACGUCUCAGUAUUCCUUAGCUCGUUUAGUUACUUAGCAGAUGUCACAGCCGGGUUGGGGAGUAACCGUACUCUGCGUAUGGCGGCGGCAGAGUCGAUGAUCUACGUAGGAGGGAUGGUGGGGUUCUUGUUAGUUGGUUUCUUGAUACAGGAGUUUGGGCUGAUGUCUGCAUUUGUGGCAUACUGCUCCUGCCAUGUUCUCUCAGUGCUCUAUAUUCUGGUUUGGUUACGGGAUCCUGAACGCUCAGUCCCACCUCCACCCUCAGGGGAAGAUGGAGACAGACUGCCAUGUGAAGCUGGUGACACUGACACUGAACCAUCAUCCAACCUGUUGUGCCUGUCUGAUGUCAAGAGGUCCUUCAAAGCCAUGUUCAGGAGGAGGCCAGGACAGCAGAGGCAGAAACUCCACCUUCUUAUAGUCUGCACAUUCAUCAACAACCUGGUAGCUGUCGGAGAGCAGGCUAUCUCCCUGCUCUAUUUGAAGUACGAGCCAAGGGAGUUCACAACUGAACUGUAUGGCGUGUUCAAAUCAGCCCAGAUGCUGCUGUUAGGGUUUACCCUGCUGGGGAUCUUCCCACUGCUUAUGAGAGUGGUAGGAGAGAUGACUCUGGCCAAAGUGAGUGUUCUCUUCAGGACAGCAGGCUUAGUUCUAAUGGCCUUCUCCACUAACACAUGGAUGGUGUUUCUAGUGGCUGUGGUGUCUGCCCCUGCUGGCAUCACUCAGGCUGUCAUCCGCUCUCUGUCCUCCACCAUCGUAGAGCCAGAUGAACAAGGUGCGAUGUUCUCCUUCUCUGCGUCUGUGGAGACCACAUGUAUUAUGUUUGCAGCGGUGAUGUUUAAUGGCCUGUUCCCUCUGACCCUGCCCACCUUCCCUGGCAUGCCCUUCAUCGUCAUGGCAGGCUUCACACUCAUCAUCUUCAUCUUAAUGCAGUUUAAAUUGGCUCAAAUGAAGAUCCUACAUGUGUACUGAAAGUUUUCAGACCCCUUGACCUUCCCCACAUUUUGUUAGGUUACAGACUUAUUCUAAAAUGUAUUAAAUCUUUUUUAUUUUCAAUCUAAACAGAAUACCCCAUAAUUUAAAAAAAUCUAAAACAUGUUUAGAAAUGUUUGCUAAUUUAUAAAAAAUAAAAACCAAUCAAAUUUUACAUAAGUAUUCAGACCCUUUACUCAGUACUUUGUUGAAGCACCUUUGGCAGCGAUUACAGCCUCGAGUAUUCUUGGGUAUGACGCUAAAAGUUUGGCACACCUGUAUUUGGGGAGUUUCUCCCAUUUUUCUUUGCAGAUCCUCUCAAGCUCUGUCAGGUUGGAUGGGGAGCAUUGCUGCUCAGCUAUUUUCAGAUCUCUCCAGAGAGGUUAGAUCAUGUUCAAGUCCGGGUUCUGGCUGGACCACUCAACGACAUUCAGAGACUUGUCCUGAAGCCACUCCUGCGUUGUCUUGGCUGUGUGCUUAGAGUCGUUGUCCUGCUGGAAGUCGAACCUUCACCCCACUCUGAGGUCCUGGACCCUCUGGAGCAGGUUUUGAUCAAGGAUCUCUCUACUUUGCUCCCAUUACCUGCCAGUGAAAACCAUCCCCACAGCAUGAUGCUGUCACCACCAUGCUUCACCGUAGGGAUGGUGCCAGGUUUCUUCCAGACGUGACGCUUGGAAUUCAGGCCAAAGAGUUCAAUCUUGGUUUCAUCAGACCAGAGAAUCUUAUUUCUCAUGGUCAGAGUCCUUUAGGUGCCUUUUGGCAAACUCUUAGCGGGCUGGUUGUACUUCUGGAAGGUUCUCCCAUUUUGGCCAGCUCCAGCAAGAGUCUUUGCGGUUCCAAAGUUCUUCCAUUUAAACAUUUUGGAGGCCACUGUGUUUCUAGGGGACUUUCAAUGCUUUCAAUCCUUCCCGUGAUCUGUGCCUUGACAAAAUCCUGUCUCGGUGCUCUACGGACAAUUCCUUCAACCCCAUUGCUUGGUUUUUGCACUGACAUGCACUAUCAACUGUGGAACCAUAUAGACAGGUGUGUCUUUUCCAAAUCAUGUCUAAUCAAUUGAAUUUACCACAGGUGAACUCAAAUCAAGUUGUAGAAGCAUCUCAAGGAUGAUCAAUGAAAACAGGAUGCACCUGAGCUCAAUUUGGAGACUCAUAGCAAAGGGUCUGAAUACUUAUGUAAUGAAGGUAUUUUGUAUAUAAAAAAAAAAAGUUGAAUAUACAUUUGCAAAAAUGUCUAAACCUGUUUUCGCUUUGUCAUUAUGAGGUUUGUAUGUAUAUUUUAGAAAAACAUAAAAUUUAAUCAAUUUUAGAAUAAGGCUGUAUAGUAACAAAAUGUGGAACAAGUCAAGGGGUCUGAAUACUUUCUGAAUGCACUGUACGUAGUAGAAAAUGCAGGUUUAGCUGCAGUCACUUUGGUUGAAGGGGACAUAAAGGCAAUUCACAUUUCAAAAGGGUAAUUGUUCAAAGGUUUCUCAAAAUUGUAUGAUUAUUACUCCAAAUUAAAGUAUUUUCAAAAGGGCAAUAAGGAAUUAAGAUUACAUUUACUAACAUAACAUGCCGCUAACCGAUAGUUUUGUGGUCAAUUUGGUCUUUUAACUUUUUUUCAGACACUUAAGUAAUCUUCACUUGAAUAGACUUUGAUUACUUCAGUAAUUCAUUUCCUAGAAUGUGUGUGUGAUUUGAAUUUACAAUGGAGAAAGUAAUCAUAGUACAAUAUGGUAUAAUUGUAGUGAGGGGGAAUCAUCGCUACUGGAUGAAUGUAAUUUAAUUUCCUGGGUGUGGGUUGCUUGCUGAUAGGUAUUAGGUUUCUAUUCAUGGGGAGUGAACCGUUUAGUCUGAAGCUGAGAUGGGUAUCCACUUUUUAAAUAGAUUUUAUUGAUUUUGUAAUUUAAUUGAUUAAUUCUAUUCACUUACUUUUGAGCUGUCACUUGAAUGUUGAAUACAGUACAGGACCGUCGGUCUCCAUGCCUGUACCUUUCUAUUCUAUGCAUGGACAUGAAGUAAAUGGCUAUAAAUGAAAGUCUGUAGUUUGUUUAGCUGUUUGUAUCUGCCACAAUACCAGGGAUCAGGGUGGUCCAACAUAUAUCAUUAUUUUGCCCUACCAUGUUGUUCAACAUCAGCAAUAGGUUUUGCUUUAGUGUAGCAACACAGUACAGAAACGUAAUAUCAUUUAAUGGUGUCAACACAACGUCAAACUCAAGGAAAUGUAUGAAACAUACAGUAGUAUACCAAUUACAUUUAACAUUUGAGUCAUUUAGCAGACUCUCUUAGCCAGAGUGACUUAUGGGAGAAAUGGCCUUGCUCAAGUGCACCUCAACAGAUGUUUCACCUAGUCGUCUCGGGGAUUUGAACCAGCUGUACCUCAACGCAUAAUGUAGGCUACAAUAAGUGAAUUCCAACUGACGCACAGGGAUACCAUUAAACACUAACCGCUUUAGCUCUGGUCAAAAGAUGUGCACUAUAGGAAUAGUAGGGUGCAAUUUGGGAUGCGUCCUAUAACUGACUGGCUGGAGCCCUGAACAGACACUACCAACUCCAUUACCAUCCUUUCAAUUCAUUGUGACGGUCCACAUUUGAUGUUCUUGCCACUCUAUAAUUAAGCCAUUGUCUUUGGUAAUUGAGGUAUUAAGUAAUGUAGUGGUCCCUGUAAUAUAAGCAACAUGUGGUCAGGUGGUUAGUGCUUAUAUUUGUUCUAUUUCACACAUGAAAAAGUGUGUAUUAAUACACGUGUGAUUUGGAAAUGUGUUUUUGCAUAUCCCAUCUCCCCCUAAGAGACACCCUCAGAGAGUGGGGUCAUGGCCAGUGUCAGCCAUUAUCCACGCCAACCCUAGAGAAAUUAGGGUUUAAGUGCCUUGCUCAAGGGAUUCGAACUAGCACCCUUUCGGUUACUGGCCUAACACUCUAACUGGUAGGGUACCUGCCCCCCAUUU